CAGCUGUUUGGACUUGGACCGGGCUUUUCUAGGCAGGCGGCAGCACGCGACAGCUCCGCCACGUCCUUCUCCCAUAGUCCUCUUCCAGUACUUACAUAUACACAAACAUACCCCCUUUGGAAACCUACGAUAACAACAUCACAGCAGAAGCGGACCCCGUUCUCUUCAUCGCUCGCUCGUAAUCGACUCGAGCCUGUGGACGUGCCGGCAUUCCUCUGCCAUCCACCAUGGCUCUGAAGAGCACGGUGGCAGCAUGCCUGUCACUGGCCACCAUCACACUCGCCGCCAGCGGUCCUGAUCUCACCAAAAUUCACGAGGCCGGUCGCUGUGCCAUCCGUGGUCAAUGUGGCAAGCAGAGCUUCUUCGGGUCGGAACUACCAUGCCCAGACAACGGGCUCGCAAAAGACCCCUCCGACGACUUCAGAAAGCAGCUGGUAUCGUUGUGUGGAGAUGAGUGGGCCGACACCAAAGUCUGCUGUACCGAAGAGCAGGUUGGUACACUCAAGGACAACCUCGCCAAGGCGAAUGGGAUUAUCUCCUCCUGUGGCGCUUGCAAGAAGAACUUCUACGACUUGUUCUGCACCUUCACUUGCUCGCCUGAUCAAUCUUUGUUCAUCAACGUCACAGCGACUGUCGAGAAGAACAGCAAGUAUCUUGUCACCGAGUUGGAUCAGCUAGUAAGCAAUCAAUUUGGGGGUGGGUUCUAUGACAGCUGCAAGGAUGUCAAGCUCGGAGCUACAGGCGGCAAGGCUAUGGACUUCAUUGGAGGAGGUGCAAAGAACUACACGCAGUUUUUGAAGUUUCUGGGAGACAAGAAGAUUCUGGGAAGUCCGUUUCAGAUCAAUUACCCGCGUCCAGCCAGCGAUCGCUUCGAGGACAUGAAGCCGAUCCUUGACAGUCCCAUUCCAUGUAACAGUACCGAUGAAGCUUACAGAUGUGCCUGUGUGGACUGCGGCGGUUCUUGCCCCGAACUGCCUGCAGUCUCUCUGGACGAGCAAUGCUAUGUUGGUUUACUUCCUUGCUUGAGUUUCGCCGUUGUCCUCAUAUACUCGGUGUUCAUCGCCCUUCUUGUCCUCGCCGUGUCCGGUCACGCCGCUGCUGCCAAGCGCAGACGAAGACGUAACGAACGACUGCAGCUGUUCCAGGAUGCAGCUCCGAGUGACGAUGAAGAUGAAGGUGAUGUCAUUCACAACGCUGCUUAUUUGGAUCGUCCCACGAAGCAAUACGCGCUCAACACGUUCUGUGACCAUCUCUUCAGCAGGAUCGCGCGGGCCUGUGCCAACUUCCCAGGCAUCACCAUCGGGACAUCGAUUCUCUUGGUCGCUUUGUUGAGUAUAGGCUGGGCUCGGUUUGAACUCGAAACGGAUCCAGUCGGUCUAUGGGUAGCACCAAACUCCGCCGCUGCCCGCGAAAAAGCAUUCUUCGACGAGAGUUUCGGCCCAUUUUAUCGCACUGAGCAAGUGUUCCUGGUAAAUGACCUCAAUCCACAAGGUGGCGCACCAGUACUCGAUUAUCCGACUUUAGCCUGGUGGUUCGAUGUUGAGCGACGGGUCACCGAGCAAAAGAGUCUUGGACAUGGAUACACAUUGAAAGACGUAUGCUUCAAGCCUACUGGAGAUGCUUGCGUCGUUCAAUCGGUCACGGGCUACUUUGCCUUUGAGGACUUCGAUCAGACUUCGUGGGCUGAACACAUCAACAACUGCGCUGAGUCACCGGGAGAUUCAACUUGUCUUCCAGCGUUUGGCCUCCCUCUGCCAUCUGAACGUGUCUUGGGUGGGUACAAUCGCACAUCCCAGAAAGCCACCUCAGCCGAAGCUAUCAUCAGCACUUGGGUUGUCAAGAACUUCAACCCUGGUGACCCUGAACUCGCAAAGGCAGAAGAGUGGGAAGAAAGCUUGAAGCGCCUACUUCUUGACAUCCAAGGCGAAGCCAGAGACCGGGGUCUGAGAUUGAGUUUCAACACGGAGAUCAGUCUGGAGCAGGAGCUGAAUAAGAACACUAACACGGAUGCUAAAAUCAUCGUGAUCAGCUAUAUCGUUAUGUUCAUCUACGCUUCAUUGGCUUUGGGAAGCACGACUGUGACCAUCAGCACCAUCUUGCGAAAUCCUCUCGGCGCUCUCGUUCAAAGCAAGUUCCUCCUGGGAAUCGCGGGUAUUCUGAUUGUCCUCAUGUCGGUAGCGGCUUCCGUUGGCUUGUUCGCAGCCGCAGGCGUCAAAGCCACCCUCAUCAUCGCUGAGGUCAUUCCCUUCUUGGUACUGGCUGUUGGUGUGGACAACAUCUUCCUCAUCGUCCACGAGUUCGAGCGAGUCAACAUCAGCCACGCAGAUGAGGUCGUCUCUGAACGUGUUGCAAAGGCCAUGGGUCGCGUCGGACCCUCCAUCCUCCUCUCUGCCUUGACGGAGACUGCCACCUUCGCACUCGGCACUGCAGUCGGGAUGCCUGCUGUGCGCAACUUCGCUGCAUAUGCGGCCGGUGCCGUCUUCAUUAAUGCCCUUCUACAAAUCACGAUGUUCGUCGCAGUCCUCGCUGUGAAUCAACGACGAGUGGAGGCUGGCCGUCUCGACUGCGUCCCUUGCAUCAAAGUCCAGAGAGAACUGCAGCACAUGCCGAAUGGCUAUGGUGGUGCUCCUUUCAGCGGAACGGACGAAGAAGGCUGGCUUUCCUCGUUCAUCCGUCGGUACUACGCCCCUGCCAUUCUCGCCAACAAGGCAAGGGUGAUCAUUUUGACAGUCUUCAUCGGUUUCUUCGCUGCUGGCAUUGCUCUGUUGCCUGAGGUGGAAUUGGGUCUGGACCAACGCAUUGCCAUCCCUACUGACAGUUACCUCUACAACUACUUCAGCGAUCUAUACGCCUACUUCGACACUGGUGCACCGGUCUAUUUCGUGGUCAAAGAUCUCAACGUCACAGCUCGACAACACCAGCAAGAGCUCUGUGGUCUGUACACCACUUGCAGGCAAUUCUCAUUGUCAAAUAUCCUGGAACAGGAAAGGAAACGUCCCGAGGUCAGCUACAUUGCUGAUCCAGCUGCCAGCUGGAUUGAUGAUUUCUUCCAGUGGCUCAACCCUGAGCAGGAGAGCUGUUGCGUGGAUGGCAGGAAGACAUGCUUCGCCGAUCGCGAUCCCGCCUGGAACCGUACACUCUAUGGCAUGCCGGAAGGAGAGGAAUUCAUCAAAUAUGCUGACCGAUGGCUGAAGAGCCCGACCGGAGAAGACUGUCCACUUGCAGGUCAAGCUGCUUACAGUGACGCUGUAGUCCUUGACAGGGAGAGUUUGACUGUUCCAGCCAGUCACUUCCGCACUUUCCACACGGCUCUCACAAGUCAAAGCGACUUUAUCAACGCGUACGCCUCAGCCCGCCGCAUCUCGCAGGACAUCAGCGAUCGCCACGGUGGCAUCGAGGUGUUCCCCUACAGCAAAUUCUACAUUUUCUUCGACCAAUACGCCACCAUUGUUCGCCUGUCCUUCGCCCUCGUUGGCACAGCCCUCGCCUUCAUCCUGGUCAUCUCCAGUCUCCUACUUGGCUCUCCUACCACAGGUCUCAUCGUCACGGUGACCGUCACGAUGACGGUCGUGGACAUCGUCGGCACGAUGGCCCUCGUCGGCGUCUCUCUGAACGCUCUUAGCUUGGUCAACAUCAUCAUCUGCGUGGGAAUCAGCGUCGAGUUCUGCGCGCACGUCGCCCGCGCUUUCACCAUCCCUUCCGCGUCCAUCCUCGAGCGAGCACAAUCCAAAUUCCGCGGACGUGAGGCACGCGCCUGGGCGGCACUCGUGAAUGUCGGUGGCUCCGUUUUUAGUGGUAUCACUGUCACCAAGCUACUCGGCAUCUUUGUUCUGGCCUUUACCCGCACGAAAAUCUUCGAGGUCUAUUACUUCCGGGUCUGGUUGGCGUUGGUAGUAUGGGCGGCGUUGCACGCUUUGGUGUUCCUGCCUGUGGUACUGUCCCUUAUUGGUGGCAGAGGCUACGUGGACUCUGACAGCGAUGGUGGGCUGGAGCAGGAUCUUGCCAGCAGAAGAUAUCGCGCUCUGCUCCCGGACGAGGAGUUCGAUAGCGAGGAGGAUUAGAUCGAAUGUGUAUGUGUGCCGAUAUGGUGUUUCGAGGCGGAGGAACAGGCGUUUGAGGGGAAUAUUCAUCGGUCAUAGCAUUUAAUUCGAAGCAACGUAUCAUUUAACGAAGCACGAAUCGUCAACGUG